AUGUCCAAGGACUACCCCACCUUUGACUGCGACGCCCACAUAACGGAACCGCCGGAGAUUUGGGAGCGGGCCAACGACAACCUCACCAGUCAGGAACUGGAGGCGCUCAGGUCCACCAUGUGGUAUGACCCUGAGAGCAGGCAACUGAUCGUCAACGGCAAGGCGGGCGUUGGCAUCGGCUCCCAGCGCCGCGGCGGAAUCCCGGGUACGAUGCGGGUCAUCACCAACGCUGGACCCGGCGUAAAGCACGACAUCCAGAGGGCGCUCAAUGUGCGCAACCUUGAUCCGUCGACCUCCCUGACCCAGGAGCAGGUGGAGUACCUGGACCACGAUGGCGCCUACGAGCCUGCCCCGCGCCUGCGCGACAUGGAUAUGCAGGGCAUCGACCAGGUCAUGAUCAUCCCCUCCGAUAUCGAUACUUACCCGUGGCUGCAGAACGCCUUGGGCGCCAGGGCUGCUUGCAAGGCCUAUAACGACUGGGCCUAUGAAUACACCCUGGAAAACCCGGACAGGCUCUUCUUUGCCGCCUUGCUGCCCCUGCAGAAUCCCCUCUACGCCGCGGAGGAAAUCUACCGCCCAAAGUACGAGCCGGUCUGGAACGCGCUGGAAGAAACUGGUCUGGUGUACGGCAUGCACCCCUUCCCGGCCAGCGGCGGCCUCAAGCCCAUGGGGUACAGUGAGCAGUACUCCGGCGCCGAACUGAUCCGCCGCACCAUUUCCACGUCCGGCAUCCCUCAUUCCUUCCUGUCCAACGUGCAGAAUUUCCAGGCCGAGGCCGCGCUCUGGGUCAGCAUGGUGCUGAUGUCCGGGUUCUUUGAAAAGCAUCCGAAGAUCAACGCCGCCGUUUUCGAAGCGUCGUCUACCUGGCUCAGCUUUGUGCUGGACGAGUGCGACAAGGCCUACAAGCUGUAUCGCAACGAACGCCAGAUGGCGCCUCUCUCAAGGCUCCCCAGCGAGACCUUCUUCGAGCAUUGCAUGACGGGGUUCGAGGGCGAUGAGGCUCCGCCGUCCCGCUUCCCCGAGUUCUACCGGGACAUCCUGAUCUGGGCCUCCGACGUCUACCAUCACGACGGCGACGACGUCUGGCGGGCCAUCGACACCAUGCAGCAGUGCGAGCUGCCCGUUGCCGAUCAGGCCCUGUUCCUGGGUGGCAACGCUCGGCGUCUAUACAGGGUUGACCCACCCAAGGACAUCAUCCGUCAGCGGGUUACCGAGAUCGACAGGCCCGAUUGGUGGCCAACUGAAGAAGAGAUCGACAAGGCUCUCCUUCCAGAGUCCAGCCUGCUCAGGCGCUAG